UUCCCUGAUUAAUUAAGAGGACGCAGCAUGCAAGACUCGCUGUUUUUGCUUAUUGUUAGCCCAGGAUGUUGGUAAUAAACGAUAGAUAAUCGGAAUGAGCUUGACAAUAGCGGACUAAAGGCGAGGUGCUUUGGUAGCGCUCCAGAUCCCCUCUCCUCCACACACAGCUCCACAAGCGGAGCUCCACCAACUGGAGCCUAGGACAUACGGCAGCGCACGAGCUCCGGCUGAACCUCCCCCUGCGUCGCAGUCACAGCCCGCCUGGCUGCCGUUGGGACGUCCAGACUGAGGAGCGCCUCAGUGCAUAGCGAUCAGCGCACAUCCCUCGAAGUCCGCCCGCACGCGGAUCCACUCCUUCCUGCGCCUUUUGUCGGAGUGGGAGCGUACGAGCAUGGGCUCGACGUUUGGGUUCCAGCUGAUGAAACGCCUCUGUCUGCUCCUUUUCCUGUUAUAUGAAGGUUCUUCCGCUGUGUACUUCCCACAGAAAGAGUACUUCGAGAGCAUGUACGUGGGCCAGGAAACUGGCUCCGCCCUGCUGCAGCUGCAUGGCCUGCGCGAGACCGACACUGAGAGGCCCCACUUCUACCUGUGCCCUAACAGCCCGAUGAAUAAAGAUCCCUACAAGUCCUGGUUCCACCUGGAUGAGAGAACUGGCAUCCUAUCACUAAAUAAGACGUUGGACUCCAGUGACUUCAGUGUGCCAUCAAGCAGCCUCACCAUGUCCCUGAAGCGGCUCAGUCUGAAAGCAACGGUCACCCUUGAGCCACAACAAAACUUGAGCUGCUUCUGGAGCCCCACUGUGAACAUCAUCCUCACAUUCAUCAACACAGCGCCCCCUUGUGACCAUCAGAAUCUGAUAAAGAUGUGCUUCCCUGAGAAAGAUGCCAGCCCCCACAUCAAGGAGAACCGGUGGUCCGGGCCCUUCCGGCAGCUCAGGCGCCUGACCUAUCAAGAUCUCUGUCCUAAUUUUACCAUCACAUACAGCCUGGAAGCAGAUAUUUCCGCCCCAUUUCUCAUCAAUGAGAACACUUCUGAGCUGGUGGUGACCAGGUCACUGGACCGCGAGGAGAAGGAGGUGCACGAGCUUCUGUUAGUCUGCACAGUGACCACAGAGUCCAAGGUGCACAAGAUGUCCAUGCCAAUCCUGGUGAAUGUGUAUGACGAAGAUGACAGUGCCCCCUAUGUGAAUGGCACAGACACAGAGGAUGUGCGGAUUGAGUUUAAUCGCAUGGAGGGCUCCCAGUUUGGCAGUUUAUUGGUUUAUGAUAAAGACACAACACCAAUAUACCCCAAAGACCAGAGUCACAACAAAUUUGUUGGAAGUAUGAGGACAAAUGACUCCUGGAUUAAGGAAAUGUUUUCUGUGGAGCAUUCUUUCAUUGAGGAAAAAGCAAUCUUUGGCAACGUUCGUGGGACUAUUCAUAAAUACCGCCUGGCUCUAAAUAAGAACAUUCCAGUACCAGAGAAGCGUUCCUUCCUGUUGGAUUAUCUAGUCAAUGACACUACCUUUCCUGGUUCAGAGGGAACUGUGAUGCUUCACUUCAAUGUUACCAUCCUACCAGUGUCCAUCCGGUUUACCAACCCCCUGUAUCACUUUCCUGUAUCCCGUAGAUCUUCCCCUUAUGCACAGAUCGGUAGAAUCUGCAUCGACAACUGCCUGAAAUUCCAAGGGAUCAACAUCACUUACCGGCUUGCCAUGGCGGAUGAUAAUGUCUCGUCUGUGGAAAGAGUAUGCCAUUCCAUAGUCAGCAUUGCACAGAGCCUGACAGAUAUCUGGGGAGUGCUGUACGUCAACCAUACGGAGGGACUAUGGCAGCCACAGUGCCAAAGCCUGCAGUACAUGGUGGUGGCCAAGGAGCAGCUGAGCCAGCUGCAGGCUGAAGCCAGGCUCCGGGUGGAGUUCUACGAUAAAGGAGAAAAGCAGAGCCUGGAACGUGACUGUCCACUGUCCUGUGCCAAGCAGCGACGCCGGGGGCCAUGUGAAGCCUGCAGUGGCUUGGGGGCAACCACCGGGAGGUGUCAAUGGAGACAAAGCAUUGACAAAGUAAUAUCCAUGAACUACUCCACCUGCUCUCCGGACCUCAGCACCUGCCCGGAUGGGUACUGUGACAUCGUCGAAAGCAAAGACUUGGCAAUAUGCCCCCAGGACUGCACAGAUAAGCCCAUUGUUGGAGGCCAUGAACGAGGGCUGCUGUAUGGCAUCAAGGCUGGUCAUGGAACCUGUUACUGUGCAGACAACUGCUUUUGUGAGAUGGACAAUGUAGAAGAGUCCAUGUGUGAUGAUGUCUGUAAGACAGUGGUUGCCACGGCGCUUCUCCUCUCCUUCAUAAUCUCUGUGCUGCUGUCCACUUACUUCAUCAACCGCUACCAUAAAAGCUCCCCGAAGUCACCAAAGCCCUCCGCCGAAAUGUCCUUCCGGCGGCCUGCCCAGGCCUACCCCAUCAGCUUCUCAGCCAACAAUGUCCGACGGCCUUCUCUGGAGUCCAUGGAAAACCAGGUGGCCAUUGAUACCUUCAAGAUACCGGAAGAUCCAAAGUGGGAAUUCCCACGAAAGAACUUAGUCCUGGGUAAAACCCUGGGAGAAGGGGAGUUUGGUAAAGUUGUCAAGGGAACGGCAUUCCGGCUGAAGGGAAAAGCUGGAUACACCACAGUGGCUGUGAAGAUGCUGAAAGAAAAUGCCUCGCAAAGUGAGCUUCGAGACCUUCUGUCAGAGUUCACCCUGCUGAAGCAGGUCAACCACCCACACGUCAUUAAAAUGUACGGAGCCUGCAGCCAAGAUGGCCCGCUGUACCUCAUUGUGGAGUAUGCCAAGUAUGGCUCUCUGAGGAACUUCCUGCGUGAUAGCCGCAAGGUGGGCUCAAGCUACAUGGGUGGCGACGGCAACCGCAACUCCAGCUACCUGGAGAACCCAGACGAGCGGGCACUCACCAUGGGCGACCUCAUUUCCUUCGCCUGGCAGACCUCCAGGGGCAUGGCAUACCUGGCCGAGAUGAAGCUUGUCCACCGAGACUUGGCAGCACGGAAUGUUCUAGUGGCAGAGGGACGCAAGAUGAAGAUUUCUGACUUUGGCUUGUCACGGGAUGUGUACGAGGAAGACUCCUAUGUGAAGAGGAGUAAGGGUCGGAUCCCAGUGAAAUGGAUGGCCAUCGAGUCAUUGUUUGACCACAUUUAUACCACACAGAGUGAUGUCUGGUCCUUUGGGGUGUUGCUGUGGGAGAUUGUGACCCUAGGGGGUAACCCAUACCCUGGCAUCGCCCCUGAACGGCUCUUCAACCUCCUCAAGAUGGGCUACAGGAUGGAGAGACCUGAGAAUUGCACAGAGGAGAUGUACAGCCUGAUGCUUCGGUGCUGGAAGCAGGAGCCAGACAAACGGCCAACUUUCUCAGAAAUCAGCAAGGAACUGGAAAAGAUGAUGGUGAAAAGCAGAGAUUACUUGGACCUGGCAGCCUCGACGCCUGCUGACGCAUUGCUGUACGACGAUGCACUCUCUGAAGAGGACACUCCUUUGGUGGACUGUAAUAACUCCCCACUACCCCGCACACUCCCCUCCACGUGGAUUGAGAACAAGCUCUAUGGUAGAAUUUCCCAUGCAUUUACCCGAUUUUAACACACAGGGGUGCUGCUCUGCUCUUGGCAUUUGUGAUUGACUUUUUAUAGGGUUAGUGACUGUGGUCAUGGCAUGCUAUUUGCAACUCUAUGAGCAUUUAUAAGCAAGUUAAUCAGUGAUUGAUUAUGUGGAAGAAGGCUUUAAUCUGGACCUGCUUCUCAUGUAAGCUGAAAAUUUUGAUUUUAAAUUUUUAAAUUUUCUGUAAUGGAUCAUUUUGGCAAUUGUUUUAAUUUGAAUUACUAAUGUAAAAAGUUUGCUUUGUAGUAAAACUUAAGCUUUUGACAGAGAGCUAUUUUGAUAUCAAUCCAUCCAUAUUAAUUUGGUGGGAAAAAAUAGUUCACAUGUGCAGCAGAUCCCUGAUCAAUUAAUUUGGCCAUAUGCUGCUGGGUUACACACUUUAAACAGUAAGGCUUUUCAAUUAAACUCAAGCUUUGGUAACAUUUUGUAGAAUGCCGUGAGACCCAGCUGGGGGUGUUACAAGUCUUUGAUGAAUAUUAACUGAACCCUUGUAUGUUUACUGUGUAACUCACAUCUCGCAUGUACUGUAGAUUGUAGCAGAGAACCCUUCCAGUAUUUUGGGUGGGGGGUGUUUCUUAAACAGAUCACUGACUUGAGGAAUUUUCCUUGGAAUGUAUCACUCUGGCUUAGAAAGUUCUAGUGCCUGUCAGACAGCUAAAGAAAUAUCUGUGUAUUUGUGUAAAUUAGGCUGAGAAGUGCUCUUUAUGUCACACAUUCUUGGAAGGAAGUCUUUCAUGAGAAUAGGCAUUUUUUGUAGGGAAAGAACGAGUAGUCUUUGUUUUACCUGCAUGAGAAAAGACAUUGAAAUUAAUCCAGCAGUGUGAAAACUGUAUAAGUGUGUGAAAGAUUUUUUUUGCUAUUGACAUGUUUGUAUCAUCAAGCAAUUUGCAGGCAGUUUGUUUGACUUGCAUUAUCACAGCAGUUUUGAGUGUUGAAUCUUGAGCAGAAGGCACAGUGCUUGCGUUUGAACACCAAAGCCAGGGUUUCCUUUGAGAGCCUUACUGUCUGCACUCUGCAGCGUGAUUCCGCAGUGCAGGAAAAAUUAUGUGUUCUUGUUUUUAGGCAUGUCAUACCCCAACUGGCCGGAGAAGAGCCCAGUUCUGCUCACCAGGCUUGAUGGCACUAACCCGGUCUUUACAAGAUAUGCCAAUGAUAGUGUUUAUGCAAACUGGAUGGUCUCGCCUUCAACGGCGAAAUUUAUGGAC